GUUAGGUGAACUUCAGAGUUGGGGUUCUGGGAAACUGAAGCUAACUAAAGAAAUUGAAGCUAGCUUCUUCCAAGUCACAGCGGGCUUUGGCUCCUUACUGAACAGGGAGGGGGGGCUUGUCACAGAGAUGAAGCUGCUCGUGGCCCUGGCAGGGGUCCUCUCUAUGCUGUCCAUGCUACCAGCCUCUGAUGGUGCCACUUCAGCUGUCCUGGGGCAGGUGGAGAACUCGAUGGUGCUGAACUGCAUGGAGGAGGCCAAGAGGCUAGUGGACAAGGCCUACAAGGACCGCCGGGAAAGCAUCAAGCAGCGGUUGCGCAGCGGUUCGGCCACCCCCAUGGAACUCCUGUCCUACUUCAAGCAGCCGGUGGCAGCCACCAGGACAGCCGUGAGGGCUGCUGACUACCUGCAUGUGGCCUUGGGGCUGCUGGAGGUGAAACUGCAGGGCCUGUGGCGAAGACCCUUCAAUGUCACAGAUGUACUGACGCCUGACCAGCUAAGUCUGUUGUCUCGAUCGAGCGGCUGCGCCUAUCAGGACGUGGGAGUGAUUUGCCCUGAAAAGGACAAGUACCGCACCAUCACCGGGCAUUGCAACAACAAACGCAGCAUAGCUCUUGGCGCUUCCAACCACGCCUUUGCGCGCUGGCUCCCCGCGGAGUACGAGGACGGCUUCUCGCGGCCCUUUGGCUGGACGGCCGGGGUGAAGCGCAACGGCUUCCCGGUGCCCUUGGCUCGCGCCGUCUCCAAUGCCAUCGUGCGCUUCCCCAAUGAGCAGCUGACCCCCGACCAGGAGCGGGCGCUCAUUUUCAUGCAAUGGGGCCAGUUCAUCGACCACGACCUGGACUUCACCCCCGAGCCCGCUGCCCGGAGCUCCUUUGUCACGGGCCUUAACUGCGAGACCAGCUGCCUGCAGCAGCCACCCUGCUUCCCUCUCAAGAUCCCACCCAAUGAUCCUCGAAUUAGCAACCAGCGUGACUGCAUCCCUUUCUUCCGGUCCUGCCCAGCCUGCACAGGUGGCAACAUCACCGCCCGCAACCAGAUCAAUGCCCUCACUUCCUUCUUGGAUGGUAGCGUGGUGUAUGGUAGUGAGGACUGCGUAGCCUUGCGGGUGCGCAACCUCACCAACGAGCUCGGGCUGCUGGCUGUCAACACGGCUUUCCGGGACAAUGGCCGUGAGCUGUUGCCUUUUGACAACCUGCACGACGACCCCUGCCUGCUUACCAACCGCUCUGUGCGCAUUCCCUGCUUCCUGGCAGGUGACACCCGAUCGAGCGAGAUGCCAGAGCUCACCUCAAUGCACACUCUCUUUGUGAGGGAGCACAACCGGCUGGCCAAACGGCUCAAGCGACUCAACCCCCGCUGGAAUGGAGAGCGGCUCUAUCAGGAGGCCCGGAAGAUUGUGGGUGCCAUGAUCCAGAUCAUCACUUAUCGGGACUACCUGCCUCUGGUGCUUGGGCCCAGGGCCAUGAACAAGUAUCUGCCCAGAUACCGCAGCUACAAUAACUCUGUAGACCCUCGUAUUGCCAAUGUCUUCACCAAUGCCUUCCGCUAUGGCCAUACUCUCAUCCAGCCUUUCAUGUUCCGCCUGGACAAUCGCUACCAGCCCAUGAAGUCCAACCCCCGAGUUCCGCUCAGCCAGGUCUUUUUUGCCACCUGGAGGGUGGUGCUGGAUGGUGGCAUCGACCCCAUUCUUCGGGGCCUUAUGGCCACUCCUGCCAAGCUGAAUCGCCAAAACCAAAUUGUGGUGGAUGAGAUCCGAGAGCGACUGUUCCUGCAGGUCAUGAGGAUUGGGCUGGACCUGCCUGCUCUGAACAUGCAGCGCAGUCGGGACCAUGGCCUCCCAGGCUAUAAUGCCUGGAGGCAAUUCUGUGGGCUGCCUGUGCCCCAGACGGUGGGUGAGCUGGGCACGGUUAUGAAGAACCUGGACAUGGCACGGAAGCUCAUGGAACAGUAUGGCACCCCAAACAACAUUGACAUCUGGAUGGGCGGUGUGGCUGAGCCGCUGGAGAAAAACGGCCGUGUGGGUCCCCUCCUGGCCUGCCUCAUUGGGUCCCAAUUCCAAAGACUUCGAGAUGGAGAUCGGUUCUGGUGGCAGAACAAGGGUGUGUUCAGCACGAGGCAGAAGCAGGCCCUGGCCAAGAUCUCCCUGCCCCGCAUAAUCUGUGACAACACAGGCAUCACAACCGUGUCCAAGAACAACAUCUUCAUGUCCAACACCUUCCCUCGGGACUUUGUCAACUGCAGUAGCCUCCCUGCACUGGACCUGUCAGCCUGGAGGAAUGAAGACUAA